UUUCUCAUUCCAACGACUCAUCAUCAGCUUCGCUAGCCGCUAGGGUUUUACCCCCGAUCUACCUCGCUGGGUCCACUCGCUCUCCACUCUCCAAUCUCAAACUUGAAGGAACUAGCAAUGUCAGACAACUUACCUGAACUCAACGAGUCCUUCACCGAUGAUUUUUUACACAACGAAGAAGAAUCGGUUUUGGACUCUCUGCCUCCCGAAAUCCUACCCGAAAUUCUCGUUCGACUGCCUACAAAAGCCAUCAUCAAGUGCACCUCCGUCUGCAAGACAUGGAAAUCACUCAUCCAAAGCCCCACCUUCAUUUCCGACUAUCUCCGCCACUCCGCCACCAAAAACGACCACCCCCUCCUCCUCUUCAGGCUCUGCUCCGAGAACCUCGCGAAAGCGGUGGAGAGCCUGAGACGGGACAUAGUCGAAAAAGAAGUGUACGCUCUGCAUUGGGAUGACAACAAAGAUUUCAGCGAACACGCCAGCUUCGACUUCCCCUUCCACGGCCAAAGCAUCAAUGGAGUGUUCCGCGUCGUGGGCACCUGUAAUGGCCUGGUCUGCCUCGCCGAUGAUUUGUAUAGGUACUGCUACAAUUUCAUCAUCUGGAACCCGUGCAUUCGAAAGUUCGUCCAACUUCCUAGACCCCAUAUGCGUUUCUCCACGCACGGUGGCUAUGACGCAUCUGUUGGGUUUGGAUUCGACUCCGAAUCCAAUGACUACAAGGUGGUGAGGUUUGUGAGUCUUCAAAAUAGAGGCUCAUUUGGUAAGUUUCCGCCAGAGGUCGAGGUCUACUCACUUGCCACUGGUGAAUGGAGGAUUCUAGAGGCCUCGCCUCCCAAAGGUUGUGUGCCUUAUCGCGACCAGGCUUUUGUCGAUAACCAAGAGGCCUUUGUCAAUGGGGCGCUGCAUUGGGUUGCUCUGAGGAGGUCUAAGAAAAAACUUAUUAACUUUGUGAUGGUGUUCGAUUUGGGGGACGAGGUCUUCCGCGAGAUAGCACUGCCAAAUCCUGAUGAGUGUGCGCUGAGUGAUUCUAUUUGGGCAUAUGGGAAUUCGCUUGCCUUGAUUCAACAUUCUAAUUUAUGGGUGAUGAAGGAAUAUGCAAAUGCGUCGUCUUGGACCAAAAUUCUAAGUUUGGCUGAUCAAGGUGUCCGAAUGGGCAUACCAAGGCCGUUAGGUAUGGGGGCAAGCAAAUCUAAGGCAAGAGGUUUUAGGAAGAGUGGUGAGGUUAUUGUAGAAAUGGGUGACGGGCAGCUCAUUUCACGAGACCUUAAGACCGAAGAGAUUAAAGAUCUUGGGAUUUCUGGAUAUGGGUUUACUUUUGUUGGUUCUUAUGUUGAGAGUCUAGCUUUACUCGACAAUCCCAACCAAAGAGCUAAAACAACAGAAGGUCUAGCUUUCCUCGAUGAAGCCAACAGUGCAAUUACUGAGGUACAAGAAUGGGAUGAAAAGGACUUCGCGAUGGAACUUUUCCGACAAAUGUUUCUGAUGCCGUUAUUAAGUAGUUUAACUCAGUGACAGAAAAGAUUCAACAAAGUUUUUUGUUGGUGCUUACUUGCUUAGUAUUGGCAUUUGUUUAUUAUGCCAAAAUGAAUUGUAGUUAUUAUUAGGUUAAGGAGCUUAUUUUGUUAAACUCAUUUGGACUACACCACUGACCACUCUUAUGUUAGUAUUUCUGGAUGAUUUACAGUUUAGUUUCAGUGUGACUACAAAAAUGACUAGGCACUGAACUAUGUAUGUCAUGCUUGCAUUGUGUGUGUGUGUGUGUGUGUUGAAUCUCGUCUUUCUUGGUGAACUAGAUAGCAGUUAUAUAUAUAUAUAUGUAAUUGGUAUUAUGGUAGCUAUAGAAACUAUAUAUAAAUAUGUGUUU